AUGGCGGCCGCUCGAUUGAGCCAGUUUGGAGUCCAACAUGUUGCCAAAGGCAUUGGCAGACUCACGACCGAAGUCAUUGAGUCAGGGAGCGGAAGCUAUGUUUCGAUGGUAGGGGGAAAGCGAUAUCUGGAUUUCACAGUUGGCAUUGGUGUCGCAAAUCUGGGCCAUUGCCAUCCAAAAGUCACGAAAGCGAUUCAAUCCCAGGUCGGUACUCUGGUCCACGGCCAAGUCAACAUUGCCUUCCAGAAGCCUUACCUGGAACUCAUUGAGAGAUUGUUGCCCAUGAUGCCGCACCCGAGUCUCGACACGUUCUUCUUUUGGAACAGUGGAAGCGAGGCGGUGGAAGCAGCUGUGAAGCUUGCAAGACACGCAACCAAGAAGCAGAAUAUCAUCGUAAAUUUCGGACCUUUGGUGCCAGGAAUCUUCUCCGUGCCCUUCCCCUAUUGUGCACAGUGCUCAAUCGCCCAGCAUGCUGGUGGCAAGUUCAAUUAUGAGAAUUGUUGCAUGGAUCCAGUGACUCAGCUGGAAUUGCUCUUGAAAAGGGAGACAGCCCCAUCAGACACAGCCGCUAUUGUCAUUGAACCUGUACUCGGUGAAGGCGGUUAUGUCCCCGCUCCCAAAGGAUACUUUGACCGGGUUAGAGAGAUAUGUGACAAGAACAACAUCUUGCUUAUUUGCGACGAAGUACAAUCUGGAUUCGGCCGGACAGGAAAAAUGUUCGCUGUUGAGCACUAUGGCGUCCGCCCGGACAUACUCAUCAUGGCGAAAGGUAUCGCGAACGGCAUGCCGCUGUCCGGCAUCGUCUCUCGAAAGGAGCUGAUGGACAAGCAACCUCCAGGCACCAUGGGUGGAACAUACGGCGGAAACGCUGUUGCUUGUGCCGCAGGUGUCGCGGUCGCAGACGCCUUCAAGGAGGAGAAGAUUCUCGAGAACGUGAAUGCGAGAAGCAAAGAGCUGCGAGGCAUGCUCGAGGAUCUCAGAAAAGACCCCAAAGUGGGUUCGAUGAUUCACGAUGUGCGAGGACUGGGCUUGAUGCUGGCUGUUGAGUUCAAGCCUUCACCAAAGGGCAGCAUUGGCUCAAAAGUCCAAGCAAAGUGCAAGGAAAAGGGAAUGUUGAUAUUGACAACAUCGAUCUACGAUACACUACGAUUUAUUCCUGCACUGAACAUUUCGAAAGAAGAUAUGGCAUAUGGAUGUCAGAUCUUGAAGGAAGCGAUUGAGGAAGUCGCUGCCGGUGAAGACCCACAGGAGACACAGACUAAAGGUCAAGCAUUGGAAUGA